CCUUCAGUGGCAUCACCUGGGCCUGGACCUCCUCCAGUGCCAUGCCCAGGAAAAGAGGGAACCAUCAAGAGCAUCUCAUGGGACAGAACAUGACCAGCAAUGUCAGCAGGCAAAACCAAGGUUUUGUUUAGCAAUGACCCUUUGAUGAAGUCAAAGAUUUACAAUCAGUCCAGUACAGAUUGGAGUACAGAGGGGAGAACACUCAGGGGGUACAGCCAAGGCCAUGAGGUCACAGCAGUCUCUGGGGUGACAGCAGGCUGAGGUGACAGCAGGCUCUGAGGUCACAGAGGUCCCAGAGCCCCGUGGUUGCACAGCACCACAAGGACCAAGCAGUCAGUCCUUGACCACGACUGUUGUGGCAGCAGCGGCAGCGGCAGCAGCGGUGCUGACAUUGGGACAGCGGUGUCAGGACAGUGGUGGCAGCAAGAGCUGCAGGACUGGCAGUGGGCAAGGCACCAUGGCCUUUGCUCUGCGCCUCAUCCUCCUGCUCCUCCUGGCAGUGGCCCUGCCUGACAGGGCUGCCCAGGCUGCUCCAUGGCGAGCACAGGGAGCAGAUUGGGAUGGUGACAUGGAGCAUCUGGAAGCCCUGGGACAUGACGGUUUGAUUCCCAUGGAAAAUGCUGGAGCCAAGCCUCUUGGUGAAGGUGAUCUGGCUUCUCAACCCACAUCCAGGACUGAGGCUCUGGGACAUGGUGAGGGUGUGUCUGCAGGGAGGACUUUCCAGGCUCCUGGGCUGGAUGCUGCACGCAAGCCCAGCUCCCAUCGCAGGGGUCCUCCAAGAGGAAAGAACAAAGCUACAGGACACCAGAAACCCCAUGAGCCAUCCAAUACCAUGCAGCAAAUGCUGAAGGAAAUGCUGCAGGGAGGACAAGAGAUGAACCCAAAGGCUGUGCUGAAGGCGGCGUUUCCCGGAGGAAGCAGUGGCUCAUGGGCAGCCUCUGCUGCAGGAAGGGAGGCCAUGCCAGGCACAGCCCCAGGAGAUUGGGAUCGUGACAUGGAGCAUCUGAAAGCCCUGGCACAUAAUGGUUUGAGACCCAUGGAGAAUGCUGGAGGUCCUCCAAGAUGGAAGAACAAAGAGAUAGAAGACAAGAAAUCCCUGGAGGCAUCCCAACUUCUGGACAGGAUGCUGAGUGAUCUGGAGAGACGCCAUGUGCUGGAGCAGAUGUUUGUGCAGAUGAUGGCAUAUGCUAGAGGAAGGAAUGGCCCUGUGCCAACUCCUGAUGCAGGAAAGGAGGAGAUGCCAGGCCCAGGCCCAGGAGAUGCGCUUGGCAAGUCCAGUAUAAAUGCUGAGAAUCCAUCGAGCACCCCAAGAGUGUUCUGCCCGCAGGAUGCGCGCAAGUCCUGCAUGAUAGGCACAGCAGUGACACUGUUCACAGUGCCACUUUCCAUGCUCCUGUGCUAUGUUGGAUUCCGGUGGUGGAAGGACAAGAAACGGUAAGUUGUUGUUCAUCUCCACCCUCCAGCUUCUUGAAAGGCU